AUGAUGGUCGGAUUUAAAUUGUUACUUUGCAUGAUGAUCUCUCAUUCUUAUUAUCUAACUUGUGUUCAAACUCGUAUAGUUAUCACGAUUGAUUCAUCGAGCUCUGAAGAAUCGCCUCCAACGAAUGACGAAGCUUUUCAUUGUGCGGAUCGAAUGAGAAAUCAAGAUGAGUCGGAUAUUGAUUGUGGAGGUCUCGAGUGUCCAAGAUGUCAAGACUUAUUGCGUUGUAAGAGAUGCUAUGAUUGUAUGAGUAAUCUAUGUCAAAACAACGUAUGUGUUCGUACGCCACGAAUAGAUACAACAAACAAUACGAUCGUUAUGACCACUCAAUCAACUACUCCUUCACCUAAAAGUACAACUACCGCUAAGCCCAUCACUACGCACACGCUACCAACGACGUUGCUCACAAACACAACUUUAACAACCACAAGAGUAAUCUCAGAAACUUCAACGACCACCUCAAUCAUUCCAGAAUCGGCUACAUCCACCAGAUCAACCAAUUCAGAUUCGAGCACAACAACUGCUUCAAAUACUUCGGAGCCUAGUACUUCAACCAUUUCUAGCACUCCGGAAUCGAGCACACCCAGCACUUCCGUCGCUUCAGAGUCGAACACUACGACUGCUUCAAGUACUUUAGAGUCGAGUACUACAUCUACUUCCAAUACUGCAGAGACUAGUACCACAAUCAGCUCAACAAUUUCAGAGUCCACCACGACAGCUUCAACGCCAACGAUACCAAUUACAAAUACAACUUUAACAACGCAAAUUGUACCAUUGGAAACAGCGUCGAGGAACUCGGGUCUAACCCAUUUUAGCGCGUCGCAUAGUUUUUCUAUUGCUCUAUGUAUAUAUACGACAGUUUCCGUAUGUGUGCCUUGA